AUGACCCUCAUUCACAUCGUCCUCUUCAAGUUCCGUCCCGAAGUCAGCGAGGAGCACAAGCAGACAUUUAUAAGGGAGCUAAAGACAUUGAAAAAACUCCCGUGUGUCAAAGAUGGCCGCCUUAUUGUCGGCAGCCCUAGUGUAACGGAUCCCAUUGAACGCAGCAAAGGGUUCCAGAUCGCUCUUGUCAGCUAUCAUGAGAACCAGGCAGCCUUAGCGGAGUAUCAGGCGAGCAAGGAGCAUCAUCGAGUCACAUCUACAUACAUGUUUCCAUACAAGGAGGAUCUAGUCCGGUUUGAUUUUGAGGUUGAUGUCGAGGAUGAAUAUAUGUGUCAAUUUCCGCUAGCUGAGAUAUCUUAG